UCAUCUUCAUCAAUAUACAUACAAACAUUAGUUUCUCUCUCCAACUAAUAAAUUUCUCCCCUUGAAACACUGCAUCUCGAUCUCUCUUAACAAGUUCUUCUCAUAGCCAAAUUUCUAGUAGUACGUGAGCAUGUGCUUCACUAACAUUGGAAAAGGCUAGCUAGUUUUCCCAAAUUAAUCAGAGACAACAAAUGGGCAACUCUCACACCCAUCAGCUGGUCCUGAAAACAGAAAGCCAGACGGAUAUCAAUUGCGGUGUAUGCGACGAUGAAAUUUCCGAACCUAGUUUCUACGAGUGCGAAUUAUGCGAUGCUUGCUGUGUCCACACAGCAUGUCAGCAAAUCUUGUCGUGUGACCAAAUCAAUCAUCCCUUUCAUCCUUCUCACCUACUUAUAUUGAGUGCCGAUGAAGGAAGCUUUAUCUGCAGCUCUUGUCACCAAAUCCACUUCUUCAAGCCAUGUUUCGCAUGUCAACAAUGCAACUUCUACAUGGACAUCAAAUGUGUGCAGAUGCCCCCUAUAACUUUUGAUGACGAUGGAGAGCACAUACAGCAUUUCACACAUCAACAUCCGAUGCCACUUUGUUAUAUAAAGGAUGAAUUUAAAGGUGUGUUAAAAUGCUUCGCAUGUCGCAUGCCAUGCCCGGGUGAAGUUUAUGGCUGCAACACCUGUGGAUAUGUACUGCACAAAUCGUGUGCGCAUUUGCCGGAGACAAUCCAACCUCAUUCUUGUCACCAUCCGGAUCACCCUUUAUCCAUUUAUAUUGCUAGUAAACAAUUUACUCGCUGCAAAUUAUGCUACAAGGGUGAACUUUUCUUCAUUUUUGGAUGUUGUGACUGCGAUUUUUAUUUGUGCGUAAAUUGUGCUACUACAGUGGUACCACCACCUAUAAAGUAUAGAUAUCAUCAACAUCCUCUUUAUUUCGUGGAGACAAUAUAUACUAAUCUCGAAAAGUGUGAUGGCUAUGAUUCAUACUGUAAAAAUCCAAUCCUCCAGGGCUCAGUGGAAUUUGAGUAUACCAAUUCAUCUGUGUUUUGCUGUACAAAAUGUGAUUUCAAAGUUCACUUGCUAUGUGGUAUGCUACCGAACAGUAUCAAAUACGACAAUCACAUACACACUCUCAGUCUUACUGAUUUAGUUAUCGAAAAUGGCUUUGGGGAAUACUGCUGUGACGUAUGUGAGAAUGACAGAAAUCCACGACUCUGUGUAUAUUACUGUGAAGAUUGUGUGUACAUUGCUCAUGUACAUUGUCUCGCUUCUGAGAUUAUAAAUAUAUUGAAGGGAGAAGUCAAAGAUGUGAAUUUGAAGAUGGUGGGUGAAGAUCUUUCGAAGUUUAUUCCGAUAGAAUAUGAUAAUGCAGAGCUGGAAGAUACAGAGAAUGGCAUGCCACUGUUGACCUUAAAGGAUUUAGUGUCUAAAUUAGAUAAAUCUGAGCUAAGGUCAGAGCUUAAGCAUCAAUUUGACAGUGAUGGGUUUCUAGAUAUUCUAUCAAGUUGGUUAACUGGUAAUCCUGAAGAUGAGAAUAUUGAUGAUAUUCUACGAUUUUCGAAUUUUACAGAAAAAGAAUUCAUGUCAGUUAUUUACAACGAGUUCCACAAAAAUUACUUGGAUAAGAAGAUGAAAAUAGAAUCUCAUGAUCUAACGUUGACAUUGGUAGAUGCUAAAAGUUAUUUGAUACCUUUAAAUUUUGUCUUUGUUAUGAAACACUUGCUUCACAAAUAUGGAGAUAUUGGUCAAAAGUCAACUUCCACACCCACAUUAAAGAGCAUAUGUUUUUUCUUCAUAUGCAAAGUCAUGAAGCAAAUGCAUACGACUUUGCUGGUAGACAUCACUAAAGAUCUUCUUCUAAACUGGUAUCGGUACAUAUCAAUUUCGAAAGACUGUGCUCACUUUCAAGUGGAUUUUCUGAAUGUAGCCCUGAAGACGAUCACAAGAUAUUUCUUCUAUCUCCAAGUAAGUAAACUACUUGGGGCUGAAAUCCCAACAAUAAUAAAUGAAAAGAAAGAAAAACUACAAGAAGAGAUGACUGAGAAGAUGGAAAAGGUACAAAAGAAGAUCGCAGAGAACACAGCCAGACUUGAGAAAUGCAAACACUUUUGUGAAUCUAAUUCGAAGAAGGAGUUCAUGGAGAAGGGCUUGAACAAAGUGAUGACAUCGAAGUGGAAGACUGCUGGCCAUGUAGGGUUUUGAUGGUACAUGAUUGGAUGACAUUUGUUUGGUUUGAUAAUAAUAUUAUAACAAUUUAUUUUA